AGCGUGCGGAUGGUCUGAUGCGCUGUGUAAUCCCUGUCUCCCUCGUGCAACUUUACUCUCCUUUCGAAAUUAACGCGAUAGUCGAUCGACCCUUCCGAAAUAAUAAUCCAUUAGUCUGUGUUAUCUGGAAGAAUUCUAUUAUAGUGAUUAAAACGAUGAUUUCAACAGCGUAGUUCUUUAAGAAAUACAAGUUGAUUUUAUUUGAAGAAACACGGUGGUUAAUUGCAUCGAGGGUAAUGGUUGAUUAGUGUGUGUUUUUUUUUUGGAAAAACUGUACGUUGCUGGACAACGCUGCUAAUUGGAACUAUCUUAGUAAUAAUAUUGGUAGAGUGAUUCGUGGAUAGUCUAUCACUUUGGAUGGUGCUAUCGUUCAAGAAUAAUAAUCGACUUCGAUUCGAUAGUGUAAUUCGCUGCUUGAAAAAACUCAACGUUUUUAAAGAGAUACUAUCGAUGGUGUAAUUUGUCGACAGAAACAUUCGAUUCGAAUCGCAGCAUUGAUAGUGUAAUUCGUCAAUUCGAGAAUGGAUUGCGAGCGAGCUUUGAACUGAAAUCGGAGUAUCGAUAGAGAUCGCAUUGGAGGAUAAUUGAUUAGUGCACGCUAACGUUGCUGGACAGCGCUUUCGAUCCCGAGAAUAAUCGAUCGAUUAGCAUAGAAAAUCGAUAAUAAUCGAUUAAUAAGUGUUAACGGUACCGAACACCGAGUUUAAUUCAAACCCUAUUGGUGCCAGUGUAACUCGUCAUAAAUCGAUUAUAAUAAUCGAUCAAUCGAACUUUCGUAAUUAGCAAUCAAACCAUAGUGAACAUUCUGUGUUAUCGAUUAAUUAAGUGUUCAAUCACUCGAAAGUGCCAAGUUCCUAAUUUAAUCAAACUCAAAAUUAUCGCAAAAUAAUUUAUUCAACUAAGAAUAAAAAUAGUGGAGGAAAGUGUAUACCCUGCACCGUUAUCCAAGGAUAUUACUAGUGUUUCUAGUGUCUAGUGUGCGAACGAGUCGCAGUUCCGUCGGCAAUAGAUUCAAUUCACCCUAGAAAGAAGUUUAGUCUAUACAUUGAAAAAAGUGUGGCUGUUUAGGUGCAAAUUCGCGCGGCCAACCGAUCCAUGCAAAUUUUUCUCAAUCGAAACGUGCAAGUAACUUUUUCGCACUCCGAACACAGGGACGAUUAAAUCAAUUCGAUCGGAGGACUAUUUUUUAUCCAACUUUAAUUUCAACCGAUAGUUACUUUUACUAAAGGGCUUGGUUGUCCCUUUGAAGCGCGGCAAAAACGGUGACGUUGAAUUCGUCGAUGACGAACGAGGAUCAAAGUUUCAGUCUCGAUGUGCGAUCCCACGGCGUUGUUGGACCUAGUGCCCAGCGGUGGAUUACUCAAGAGGCCGUCCAUGGACUAUAACGAGUACACGUACUGCUACGGUGGUGGUCGAGGGUGUUUGCUGGACAAUUCGGCGCCGCGGGGCCCGCCCGAUGUGCCACCCCGUAACCCUACAAUGAGCCGUGUCAACGGAAGAUUACCAGGAAGUCAUACAGCCAGCGAUCACGAGCGUGAUCCUGAUCUUCAGCCGUCCUGUCUCGUACGCAGCCCGUCCGGCGGCUUCUACAGUAUACCAAAGAUACCGAAGAAUGAGUACAACAACAAGAAUCAGUCCUCAGGGAAUAGUCCAAUAAAGGUCGAGCUGCAGAACAACAUGGACAGAGUACCUUUACCGUACGGGCACGCGCCCUCAAUGAUCCCAAUGAGGAGACAAAGCAUUCGUUGUCAUUUUGUGAAAGGGGUUGAUUGGUGCAGCUGGAAAUUGAUCGCAAUGAUACUGCUUAUGGUUUCCUUGUGCAUAACAGCAGUGUUGGCCUAUGUCGUAGUUUCGAGCAUAGUGAACCGGUCUUACCAAGGUACAAAAGCGUGCACGGUGUUGGUGGGCGAGAACGCGGACCCGAAAACUUUAUUAUCAGAGGGUAACAAGACGUCCACGUCGAGCACGUCGUCGUCGCAGUCGAACAGCAGAACGCGUCAACAAUCGUCGUCAGGAGGUAGUAUUAAACCGUCGGCUAGCAUGUUAGAGCACGUGUACAUCCGUAAGCGUAGGGAUACGUAUAACCAGCAUGCGUUGCACCAAACUGUCGCAUCAUCCUUUAAACCCACCGUACAGCUGCGCUCGACCGUGGUCCAAGAAGACGAAUCAUCGCCACGGUCUUCGCAGCCAUCGGCCCUCCCAUUAGACGAGGAUCGUCCUGGUAAGAUUGUGCAUGAAACGGCUGCGUAUACGGAUGAUCCUCAGCCAAAUGAAACCGGAAGCGAAUCAGGAUCGUCUACGACUCCCAUGGGGACGUUGCUGCUUGCCCUGAAUCUCUCUGACUCUUCGGUUACUAACUUGACUCCUACAACUGUCGCCUCUUCGUCCUCUGUCUCUGUUGCCUCUUAUUCGUACGCCUCCUCUUCCGUUUCACUUAACCGGCCUUCCGAGACCCCACCAGGGUCUGGGAUCGAAUUAGCUUACGGUCAUGAUUCGGUCAUCGCCGUUACUACUGAUCCAGUUACCCCGGAAGAUGUCCACUCCACUGGCUGGACCGUGGACAGUGGUAAGGUAGAAAGCUCAACCGUCUCUGAAGAUGACGUUAGUCAACACGAAGAGUCUACGUUGGGUAUAGAUACUUUGGACGUUGAGAACGAUACCGUUAGUGGUGUAGAAUCGCUGCUUGAAAGUUCUACCACUGGCUCAUCGAGCGUAAGUACUCCUGGCUCCACGAGUGAUAUCGAGGAGCCGGUGCCACCGGUGGAUGAAUCUUCGGCAGAGAAUUCGGCAAGUGAAAAGAACACCUCUGACAAUACUUCGGACGUAGUGAAGGAAACUCGAGAGCUCUCCCGGGAGGACCUGUCGACAGAACCCGACGCUCCUCCUACUGGCUUGAAAAGUUCCGAGAAAUCCGAAGAACUCCAACGGGACUACCCUUUACCGAUUUAUAAUUACGGCCAAGAGGAAGUGGAGAUCGUGAAGUUGAAUCAUGGCGGGGAGUCGGAUACCGUGACGAAGACGAGGCUGGAUCGGACUAGCAGCUUCGGCAACAGCGUUCCCCGUCUAGGUCAGAACAGUGAUUUCCGAGUGAUCACCAGAGAGGAAAGCGACGAGGAGUUCCUGCGGGAGUUCGAGAAAAAGUUUCGCGAGGAUGAUACACCGACGGACCAGGAAGAGGCCCCGAAAGAUACUCAUAUUCCUCCUAACGUCCCGGUUGAACCUAACCCGCCAUUAACCCAGCAAGUGAAAAUCAUCGAGGUGCCGGUUGAUCGGUCUCACCCAUCACCUUCAUCCGCCUCAUCGGCAUCAUCGGCAUCAUCGUCGCCGCAUCGUGUGCUUGUGAACAUAACCAUCGCUUCGAGCGACUCAUCCUCGAAGCCGCUUUACGUGCUCUCCGUGUCCGUGCCCACGGACGGCGCUCACCAGACGCCCGAAGUUCACCAGCGGGAGGAAUCGGGCUCGAAUGUGGUUUCUAACACGAAUGAUAACAAACUGCCCCCGCCGCCGCAGCCUCCUUCGUCGCCGCCACCCCCUCUGUGGGCGGGCGGCGAGUGCGAGUGCUCCUGCCCGUGCAUGGGCUCCGCUUCUGACGAGUGGGACAAUUUUUCAGCAAUCGACGAGAACAACGAGCAUGAGAUAGUUAACUCGAGUCUGUCUGUAGAGCCAAACAAGAUGGCGGAGGAGGAGGUGGUGAAAGAGAAUUUCUCGACCACCGAGGAAAAUGGCGGAUCUACCGAUUGGACCACCGCGAAUUACGACACUGAAUCGAGCAGCGUCGACUUGUCGUGUUCUGGGUCCACCCCGUUACCCCCAGAACCCACUAUACUGAUCCUGGAAGGUGCCAGAACUUUCCCAGCCAGGUCUUUCCCACCUGACGGCACGACUUUCGCUCAGGUCGGUCUUGGCCAGAAGCUGAGCAAAGAAAUUCCACCGUACAGCUACUGGAACAUGCAAUUCUACCAAUCGGAAGCCGCGUACGUGCGGUUUGACUACAAUAUCCCACGUGGCGCGAGCAUCGGCGUAUACGCGCGGAGGAAUGCCCUUCCCACGCACACGCAAUACGAUCUGCUGGAGGUGUUAAGCGGCUUCAAGGCGAGGACCACUCGGGCGUCCCAUGUUAGUGUUAUUCCUUCGAUCAAGAAAGAAGUGACUCACUAUAUGGAGCCUGGUCAUUGGUUUCUCUCGUUGUACAAUGAUGAUGGAGAUCCACAGGAGGUGUCUUUUAUAGCCAUAAUCGCUGAAGAUAUGACGCACAAUUGUCCUAACGGGUGCAGCGGAAAGGGUGAAUGUUUGCUGGGUCACUGUCAAUGCAAUCCUGGCUUCGGUGGAGAGGAUUGCAGCGAAAGUGUCUGCCCGGUUCUCUGUAGCCAGCGUGGAGAAUACAUAAACGGAGAGUGUCAGUGCAACCCCGGCUGGAAAGGGAAGGAGUGUUCCCUGCGCCACGACGAAUGUGAAGUGCCCGAUUGCAAUGGACAUGGCCACUGCACCAACGGGAAGUGUAAUUGCGUGCGCGGUUAUAAAGGAAAGUACUGCGAGGAAGUGGACUGUCCUCACCCAACCUGUUCCGGUCACGGUUUCUGCGCCGAAGGUACUUGCAUCUGUAAGAAAGGAUGGAAAGGUGCGGAUUGCAGUCAAAUGGACAAGGAAGCACUGCAGUGUCUACCAGACUGCAGCGGACAUGGGAACUUUGAUCUUGAGACGCAGACCUGCCUAUGCGAGCCUAUGUGGUCUGGCGAUGACUGUUCGAAAGAAUUAUGCGAUCUGGACUGUGGGCCCCACGGCCACUGCGUGGACAAUGCCUGCGACUGCCUGCCCGGAUGGUCCGGCGAAUUGUGCAAUUUGAAGCAAUGCGAUCCAAGAUGCAAUGAACAUGGUCAAUGCAAGAAUGGAACAUGCUUGUGCGUGACUGGGUGGAACGGGAAACAUUGUACCAUGGAAGGUUGCCCGAAUUCGUGUUCUGGUCAUGGCCAGUGCAGAGUCAGCAACGAUGGCCAGUGGGAGUGCAGGUGUUACGACGGCUGGGAUGGCAAAGACUGCAACGUGCUUCUUGAACAGAAUUGCAACGACGGAAGAGACAACGAUAAAGACGGUCUGAUCGAUUGCGCGGAUCCGGAAUGUUGCUCGAAUCAUAUAUGCCGUAGCAGUCAGCUUUGCGUGUCGGCCCCGAAGCCGAUCGAUAUACUUCUGCGAAAGCAACCGCCGGCUAUCACCGCUUCCUUCUUCGAGAGGAUGAAAUUUUUAAUCGACGAGGGUAGUUUGCAGAACUACGCCCGACAAGAAACCUUCAACGAGAGUAUGUUCUGGAAUCACUUCAAUACAAGCCGUUCGGCCGUCGUUCGUGGCCGAGUUGUCACGCACCUUGGCACCGGACUAAUGGGAGUACGAGUUAGCACCAGUACACCCCUGGAAGGUUUCACUCUGACGAGAGACGACGGUUGGUUCGAUCUCUUGGUGAACGGUGGAGGCGCGGUCACCCUGCAGUUUGGCAGGUCGCCCUUCAAGCCGCAAAGCCACAUAGUCUUUGUACCUUGGAACGAGGUGGUAAUUAUCGACAAGAUCGUGAUGAGCACCGCUGAGGAGAAGCAACCCUUCCAUGUCCCUCAUGCCUGUGCCGCCCACGACUACGACCUAAUGAAGCCGGUGGUCUUGGCCACUUGGAAGCACGGCUUUCAGGGCGCUUGUCCUGACAAGAGCGCCAUUUUAGCAGAGUCCCAGGUCAUCCAAGAGAGUCUUCAAAUACCAGGCACUGGUUUGAACCUUGUUUACCACAGCUCCAGAGCAGCCGGAUAUUUGUCCACCAUUCAGUUGCAACUGACACCCGAAGUCAUUCCACCGACUCUUAAUUUAAUUCACCUGAGAAUCACCAUUGAGGGCAUUCUAUUUGAGAAGAUAUUCGAGGCGGAUCCUGUGAUCAAGUUUACAUACGCGUGGAACCGACUGAACGUAUAUAGACAACGAGUCUAUGGUGUGACUACAGCUAUGGUGAAGGUGGGGUAUGAGUACAGGGACUGUAAGGACAUCAUCUGGGACGUGCAAACGACGAAGCUCAGCGGCCACGAUAUGUCCAUAUCUGAAGUUGGAGGUUGGAACCUGGACAUCCAUCACAGGUACAACUUCCAUGAAGGCAUUCUGCAGAAAGGAGACGGAUCGAACAUCUACCUAAAGCAGAAGCCUCGAGUAAUACUUACAACCAUGGGCGAUGGGCAUCAGAGGCCUCUGGAUUGUUACGAUUGCGAUGGACAGGCCUCCAAGCAGCGACUGCUAGCGCCGGUUGCUCUUGCCACAGCUCCAGACGGCUCCAUCUUCGUCGGAGACUUCAAUCUCGUUAGGAAAAUCCUCGUCGAUGGCACUGUCAGGACCGUCGUUCGGCUGAAUGCUACAAGAGUCUCCUACCGCUACCACAUUGCCCUGAGUCCUCUGGACGGUUCCCUGUACAUCUCUGAUCCGGAGUCCCAUCAGAUCAUCCGCGUGCGCGACACUAACGACUAUUCCGACCCAGAUCACAACUGGGAGACGGUGGUUGGUUCGGGAGAGCGGUGUCUCCCUGGGGACGAAGCUCACUGUGGCGAUGGUGCACUGGCUCGGGACGCUAAAUUGGCGUAUCCCAAGGGGGUCGCCAUAUCAGCCGACAACGUUCUGUACUUCGCCGAUGGGACCAAUAUUAGGAUGGUCGACAGGGACGGUAUCAUCACCACGGUGAUCGGCAAUCAUAUGCACAAGUCGCACUGGAAGCCCAUUCCUUGCGAGGGCACAUUGAAUGUAGAAGAGGUUCAUCUGCGGUGGCCCACUGAAUUGGCUAUUAACCCUCUGGAUAAUUCCCUUCACAUGAUAGACGACCAUAUGGUGCUGCAACUGGCUCCAGAUGGUAGAGUCAAGGUGGUAGCUGGUCGUCCUCUCCACUGCGCCUCGCCGUCCUCCUCGUUUGACACCGAGUUGGCGACACACGCUACUCUGGUGAUGCCGCAGAGCAUCGCAUUCGGCCCGUCCGGAAACCUGUACAUCGCCGAGAGCGAUUCGCAGCGAAUCAACCGCGUGAGGGUGAUCGGAACCGACGGCAAGAUCUCCCCUUACGCCGGCGCGGAGUCGAAGUGCAACUGUUUAGAGCGCGGCUGCGAUUGCUUCGAAGCCGACCACUACUUGGCGUCCACUUCCAAGUUCAAUACCAUCUCCGCUGUUGCCGUAUCCCCUGACGGAGUGGUUCACAUCGGUGAUCAGGCGAACUAUAGGAUCCGAUCAGUGAUGGCCAGCAUCCCAGACGCCAGUGGCGCCAGGGAGUACGAGAUCUACUCGCCGGACACCCAGGAAAUCUACGUAUUCAACCGAUUCGGGCAGCACGUGGCUACUAAGAACAUCCUGACAGGGGAGACAGUGUACCAAUUCACGUACAAUGUGAACACCAGUAAUGGUAAACUCAGCACGGUCACUGACGCAGCAGGUAACAAGGUGUUCCUGCUGAGGGACUACAGCAGCCAGGUGAACUCCAUCGAGAACACGAAGGGCCAGAAGUGCAGGCUUCGAAUGUCUAGGAUGAAGAUGCUUCACGAGCUGAGCACGCCCGAUAACUACAACGUUACGUUCGAUUAUCACGGGCCCACUGGGCUGCUGAAGACCAAAUUGGACAGCACGGGCAGGAGUUUUGUAUACAACUACGAUGAAUUCGGCAGACUAACCAGCGCAGUCACUCCUACGGGCAAGGUAAUCAGUCUGACCUUCGAUCUUAGCCUGAAAGGAGCUGUGGUGAAGGUGGGGCAAAACAACAGGAAGCCUAUUUCGAUGCUGAUCAAGGGAUCCUCGGUUGUUACGAAGGUUGGAGAGGCAGAACAGAGGACUACUGUCCUGGCCGAUGGAUCCGUUGGCCAGGUAACACCCUGGGCCCAUACAGUCAGCACCGAUACCUUGCCUUACUCGGUCCUGGCUGAAAUCGAGCCUCUGUUGGGUGAGAGCUACCCAGUGCCCGCUAAGCAGAGGACUGAAAUUGCUGGAGAUUUGGCGAACAGAUUCGAGUGGCGAUACUUCCUCAGAAAGCUUCAGUCCAACAAAAAUAGAGGCAAUUCAAAGUCUGUUGCUCAAGUUGGCAGGAAGCUACGGGUUAACGGUGAUAUUUUGCUGUCUCUUGAAUACGACAGAGAAACCAAUAGCGUAGCUGUAUUUAUGGACGAUGUAGAGCUUUUGAAUGUGACCUACGAUAGAACAGCGAGACCAGUGAAAUGGGGUCCGAGGAAUGGUAUCUUCUCUGGAGUGGAAUUGGAGUACGACCGCUUCAGUAGACUGACCAGUUGGACUUGGGGGGAUAUCAGUGAGACUUAUGGCUUUGACAGAGCUGGGCGGUUAUACGAGAUCAAAUACAGCGAUGGUACGUCUAUGGUGUAUGCCUUCAAAGACAUGUUCAGUAGUCUUCCACUGAAAGUGACUACGCCAAGGGGAAGCGACUACUUGCUACAGUACGAUGAAGCUGGGGCAUUGCAGUCUUUAACCACACCAAGAGGACACAUUCAUGCGUUCUCGUUGCAAACUUCGUUAGGAUUCUACAAGUAUCAAUACUACUCGCCCAUGAACAGACAUCCGUAUGAAAUUUUGUAUAAUGAUGACGGGCAGAUUUUGGCGAAGGUAUAUCCACAUCAAAGCGGCAAAGUUGCUUAUAUCUACGACCACACUGGGAAAUUGGAGACUACUCUUGCUGGAUUAUCUUCGAUCCACUACACAUACCAAGAAACAACGAGCUUGGUCCACAGCAUUGACAUCAACGAACCAAACUUCGAAAUGCGCAUUGAGUACAAGUACCAUGCUGGUAUCGUCAAAGACGAGAAAAUCAAAUUCGGUAGCAAGAGCGGCCUGGACAAUGCUCGGUAUCGUUACCAAUACGAUGGUAAUGCAAGAAUUUCCAGCAUUGAAGUGGACAUCAAUGGUAAACAGCUUCCUCAGUUACGGCUGAAGUACAACCAGAAUUUGGGCAUACUGGAAGGAGUCGGUGACCUUAGGAUAUACAGGAACCUGUUUAACCGAUCAGUCAUGCAGGACAGUAGCAAGCAGUUCUUCACGGUCACCGAUUAUGAUGAACAUGGACGGGUUAAGACUGUCCUUAUGAAUAUUCGGUCACUGGAUGUCUUCCGUAUGGAGCUGGAGUAUGAUAAUCGUAAUCGCAUAAAAAUGAGGAAGAUGUUAAUUGGAAAAGAUUCCAUGGAGAAGGAAUGGGCGAAGAUAGAAAAGAUCACGUAUAAUGCGGAUGGACAUGUCCUAGAGGUGGCAGAAACUGAGAACAAUUGGCAGUAUGCUUAUGACGAAAAUGGUAACGUGAUUGGAGUGACGGAACACAAUGAGAAGAUUGCUUUGGGUUAUGACAGCGGCGAUCGUGUGGUCCAAUAUGGCGACGUUGAGUUCAAUUCGUAUGAUAGCAGAGGAUUCGUCGUCAUUCGAGGGGAACAUAAAUACAGGUACAAUUCGCGUGGUCAACUGAUUCACGCAUCAGAGCACAAGAAGUUCCAGAUAUGGUACUUCUACGACGACCGCGGACGCCUGGUGGCCUGGAACGACGACCGCGAGAACAUCACGCAGUUCUUCUACGCGAAUCCAAAGACGCCGGACCUGAUCACGCACAUUCACUUCCCGAAAUCCGCGAAAACCUUCCGGUUCCUCUACGACGCCCGCAACUUCCUUAUGACAGUGGAAACCUCCGAGCAGAGGUUCUACGUGGCGACGGAUCAAAAUGGUUCCCCCAUAGCAUUAUUCGACACCAAUGGAAAUCUGAUCAAGGAGAUGAGACGCACGCCAUUUGGCAAAAUCAUUAAGGACACCAACCCAGAUUUCUACCUGCCCAUCGAUUUCCAUGGUGGACUCCUGGACCCGAUCACAAAACUGGUCUACCUGAACAAGAGGUUAUAUGAUCCAACUGUUGGACAAUGGAUGACGCCAGCCUGGGAACAAAUGGCGAAUGAACUCACUACUCCGACCGACAUUUUCAUUUACCGCUUCCGCAACAAUGAUCCAGUGAACUUCAAACAGAACGUCGAGUACAUGACUGACCUCUCCAGUUGGCUGAAAUUGUACGGCUACGACAUCUCCGCCAUGCUGGGCUCGGAGUACAUGAAGCACAUGGUGUACCAGCCGACCGCUACCGUCACGUCUCCCCAAUUAACACCAGACUUCGGCGUCAUGUCUGGGUUACAGUGCAUCGUGAAUCGCGUGCACGAGAAAUUCUCCGACCUAGGAUUCGUUCCUAAACCUUUGCUGAAACUGGAACCAAAGACGAGGAACCUUCUUCCGCGAGUGGCCCACCGGCGUGCCGUUUUCGGUGAAGGUAUCUUGGUAUCCCGGAUCGGUGGACGGGCGUUAGUCAGUGUGGUGGAUGGUGUGAACAGCGUCGUCCAAGACGUGGUCACCUCGGUGUUCAACAACUCCUACUUCCUACCUCUCCACUUCAGUGUGCAUGAUCAGGAUGUGUUCUAUUUCGUGAAGGACAACGCGCUGAAGAUUCGUGACGAUAUGGAGGAGCUGCGCCGUCUGGGAGGCAUGUUCAACGUGUCUACUUACGAGACCACGGAGCACGGAGUGGGCACUUGGAAGGAAUUGAAGCUGCAUAACCCGGAUGCCGCGGUAGUGAUCAGGUACGGGGCUGAUCCUGAACAGGAGAGGCAUAGGAUAUUGAAACACAUUCAUAAGAGGGCCGUGGAAAGAGCCUGGGAAAUCGAGAAGCAGUUGGUUAUGGCUGGUUUCCAAGGCAGAGGAGACUGGUCAAAGGAGGAGAAGGACGAACUGAUCAGCCGGGGGGCAGUGAACGGCUACGAGGGUGUAGAUAUCCACAGUGUCCACAGAUAUCCCCAACUAGCCGAUGACCCCGGUAAUGUUGCCUUCACUAGGGAUACGAAGAGGAAAAGGAGGAAGAGUGGGAACAGGCGCAAUAGGAUUCACAGGCACGACUCGUGAUUCGAGGAUGUGACGCGAGAUCGCAACGCCAUCUGGGACUUGAUUCACGCGCCCACGUGAAUCGCGCAGCGGACAAACAUACGGAAGCAUAACGAAGAGAGACAAGACUAAAAAAAUUCAUUAACCUUCAGCUCGUCCAAGGUCGCGUAUACGUGGCGUCGUUCUCGAUCCUCUUUGUUCCCUUCUAAUCGCACUCGUUGAACGAACGAAAGUGUGUUCUUGUGCCCGUUCUGUGUGCCAUAAUAGCGUUGCUCGUGUUCAUUCCUAACCUAUACACCGGGAGUCCUGCUUCAGCUAGUCACGAGCUUGCAAACGGAGGAAGGUGCGUGCAGGGACAUUCAAGGUGCCGUCCGUGAUGAUGACGAGUGGUAGAGGGGGGGAAGAAGGAAGAAGAGAAGCUGGUGUAUUUAUGCAACAGGGUCUAAAAACGAGCGGUGCACGAACGAGGCCGACGUAUCCCGAGCGUUUGCGUUCGGAAAGGGGUAAUAUACGCAAGAUGUACUUUCGAUGUCGCCUAAUAGACUAUUACGUAGGGACAAGUAUACUCAUACACAUACUCACACAAACACAUGAAAAGAAAUACGUCGACAAACAGAUAUUUUUAACAUGACGCAAGGAAAUGGUGUGCUAGGGCGAGCGAUUUGUAAAUAUAGCUACUCGACUAAACGUAACGUGUAGAUAUACAUACAAUUAAAGUAAACCGAUAAGGUUAAGUGGAAACUGUU